UUACUGGCUGAUCCUAAGACCAAGAAUAUACACAGAAGAGGAUUCAUAGAUUAGUAAAGUCGUCGUGGCAUGAUAUGGUGAAGGAGGCUGCACGAUGCAGCUACUGACCUUGAACUCACUUUUGAUGUUCGACUUGGUUUUCCUGUUCUUUCUUUUCCUCGUUGGUGUCUCUUGCCUGGCUUAUUAUAUCCCCGGAUCCCGGCUACGUGCAAUCGCCUCUCACGAGGUCAUUAAAGUUAAUCCAUCCCCAAGAGCUAAAGCACCCAUCGAUGAUGUUUAAGAAUGCCAAUGAAGACCGUUGGCGGCGCCGGUUUAGGGGUCGUUGCGGGCGAUGUCCUUGCACUAAGGGGAACAGGACUAGCAGCACCAGAAACUUGGGCUCUUUUAUGCCAGGCUGCCCAGGCCCUCCAAGAUCUCUUUUUAUCAAAUGGAGGGGUUGUAGGUGGUUCGAGAUCGGGGCCCGUUGUAACACCUCACACCCUUGAGCUGACGCCACGAGGUCGGGUGAUGCUGCUGCAGGCGCCGCCGGAUACUGCCAGAGCCUACCUACCGCCUGAAUACCGUCCUGGGCGUGUAUAUUCAGACACAGAUUCGGAAAAGAUGUGGAUGUAUUCGCUCGGGAGGGCUUUACUGGACACGACACCCCGGGUAACAGCGCUGACGGGCACCGUAUCCGUGUCCCCGUCUUCCGCCCUCCAGUCGGUCCUCGCAGCCAUGACCGAGCCCGACCCACGUCGACGUGCCUCUCUUAUGAACCUCCUCGACGUAAUUUCCGAGUACUGCAGAACUAGGCUACAGUCACGCCCCUUCACGCACAUCGUCAUGGACAUGUAUCGUGAGGUAGUUCGAUCAACCCAGUACGCAGCGAGAAAACGCGCUGUGCUUCAACCGACGAAAAUACUACCACCCAUACCAAUUCAGCAGCAUCAGCAGCAACAACAGCAACAACAUUCCGUGGCAAUGAAUGCCGUCCCGACGCGGCAGAAUCCGCCGCCGUUUAUGCAGCAGAUGAUUCAACAUCAGCAACUGCCACAACAGCAGCAACAGCCGAGGCACCGAGGCAAGGGGAUGGUUUUUCGGGUGCAAUCGAGGAAUUCGAGAUCCCAGCCAAACCUCCUCAGCAUGUCUAAUUCAGAUGGCAGACAUGGCUCUAGGACAAACGUCGACGACGGCAGCUACGGCUACAUCGUAGACCCUCAUCCCCGUCAUCAGCACGUGCGCACCAAUUCCCAACCCGAGUGCUGUAUGGAACGAGGUAUGCCGAGUCUCGAAUAUUUGCGAUGUUUUCUCUUAUCAGUGUCGGUGCGAUGCGCGAUCCCGACGCACCCGUCAUUUUUGCGAGAAUGUAUGAUGAGGGAAAGCGAGAGAGAACGACCAAAAAUGACGAACAAUGUAGGGGAAAAGGAGGAGAAAAUUUUAAAGAGGAUUACAGGUGCGGGCACGACGAUACCGCAGGUGAGGAGCAGCAGCAAUCUGGCAGCGAUGAGUGCUGCGGUGUCGGCAGCCGAUGCACGGAACGCCAAGAAUCCGUUUUACGGGGAGCCGAUUUACGCGAUGCCAGUGAAGCCGUUCCUUAGUUCUCAGGAUGUGAGCAAAGCUAACGCGGCCACGAGGCAAUUCCAGCGAACGGAAGCUCGUGUGGCUCACCAAGCGGCGGCCAUUGCGCGCAAUCGUUGCGGAAAAGCCGAGGCGCAGUCGAGCCUCCCGCGCCUGGACAGUGACCUUUGUCCGGGACAGACACCAAUGGCCAAGAUGCAGGAAAACGUCUAUGGAAGCUCGACGAAGAACAACCUCGGGCCCGUUACCCUGCAGCGUCAGCACUCGAGUCCGCAAUUUUCCUCGACUCAUUGCAGCCAGGAACAAAAACUUUGGGAUUUUGCGAAUCCGCUUCCGGACACAUGCGGUAACAACGUUGUGCCUCGUGCGCACAAUGCUGCUGCAGACGCUAACAUUGAUACCCGGCAACGGGAGCAAAAUCAACAGAAGUUAAAGCAAUUGGAGCAAAAAGCGAAUUCCGAGGGAAGGAUUCCGUACGUGCCAAGGGGUCCACCACCCCCCAAGCCCCCACGUAUAAUAACGAGCUUGAAAAAGGCGGCGGCAGCCCAGGCGGCCUUGGACGCACAAGUCAGGGCUAACGUCAAGCCCCAAAGGCUUUCUUCCGCCUCUUCUCUUCUUCAUCUUCGAAGGGACUUGAAAAAUGGACCGAGAGCUCGACGAGGUCGGGCGGUUCAGAGAGCUCCGUCGCGUCUUUACCGAACGGUAAAUGGCUCGGCUCAGUCCUUCAAUAAGACGCAAUGCGUGGGACCGGAAUUCGUCGUGCGGGCCAACCAGCCGGCAAAACUAUUGACCGUGGGCGACUUCAAGGUGAACAACAUUGGCCGGUUAACAGUAAUUCUUCUGACUGGUCAGCGGCUCGAAGUCACCUGCGAUCCGCAAAAGAUUACCGCUGGUGAACUCUUUCACGCAAUUGUACAAAUGGAAGUUAUUGAAGAAAAUUUCACGCUAGGGUUGGCAGCUUUGCUAGCUGGAGAUUUUGCAAUACUUCCUUCCGAUACAAAAUUAAAUAAAGUCGCACCCGCCGGUUGGCUAAAUAGUGGCAAGAACAAAGGUUUAUUAGGUCUUCCAACGAGCUUUAUGCUAUACCUGAGGCUCCGGUUUUUCUUACCGUCCCUUCGAGGAAUAAGAGGCUGGAUUCCAAAGCAUCUGUUAUAUUUGCAAAUUCGACGUUGCAUAUUAGAACAGCAAUUGAUCUGUCCUCUAACGCAGCUGAUUAAUCUCACUGGACUCGCUCUCCAGGCCGAAUUUGGCAAUUACAGUGCCAACGAGCACGGCUGCGGCGACUACUUCCUGCUGGAGCACUACGUUCCCGAGUCUCUCAUCCUGAAUUCAGAGGAGCAACAGUACCGACAUCCGCAGUUGCCGGACAGCGGCGAGGCGCUGCGUAAACGACUGCAGCAAGCGCAUCGCGAGCGCAGGGGCUUGGACGCCAAUAAAGCCGAGGAGAUGUUCGUCGUGCAUGCCCAGUCGUUAACCGAUUACGGGGCUCACUAUUACAUUGCCACGGUGGACACAAAGGAGCUCGGCAAGCUUGUUGCCCGGCAAAAAAAGUGCGCCGAUCAAAAUCUGCAGAAUGAGCAGCAGCCGUGUCAGCAGAUUUUUUAUGCCGAAUCGGAGAAUAUCUACGAUAUCGACAAGUUCUCCGAUUAUCCAAUUUAUGGUAAGAUCGACUUUCAUACCUCAACAAACAUCCACGAGCAAAAUCUCCAACGCAGUCCUUAUACCGACGAGCAGAAGAUAAUGCUAUCCAAGAGCCCAACAAACGUCACUCACGAAAGCUGCUCCACGCCGAGGAAAAGCAUCGAGAUUCAAAAUAAUAAUAACAAUAACAAUAGAAGCCCGAGUAAAACGAGCAAAUUCAAAAAGAACGAGAGUGACGUAUGGCUGGCCAUUCAUUCGCAAGGACUAAAGGUCUUCGAGCGCGGUGCCAGAUUACGGGAGAGGCUCGAGCUCGCGAAAUUCCAGUGGAAGGACAUUCAAACUUUGAGUUACGGCAAGAACUGUUUGGUGAUUUAUUCGCGGAUCAGCGGCAAACGAUGCAAAUUCAAACUUAAAAUGGACCACCGAAAGAGCUACUACGCUUUUAAGUUAACAUCUUUGCAUCAUCAAUUUUUUCUGAAGCUUCGCUCAGAACUGACAUCACUCCAAGGCUUAGUAAAGGACUUCGGUGUAGCACUGACAGCAGAGCCAAACCUACCGCCACUAAAAACUAAAGCCGAAAGUGCCAAAACCAAAAUAUCUAUAGCCGAUUCCGUGAAAAAGCAUCAGGAAUAUAAAUCAAAGUAUCGAACGCGUCUCGAGGAGGAGCAAAACAAGGAGAAUGAAAAUCCCCUAAAAGUUUCCGAGAGUCACAAGUCCGCGAACGGCAAAGCGAUCGAUUCAUCGAUCAACGCGGAUGAAAGUAAUGCGCUAUACGCACAAGUGAACGCGCGACUCGAGCCCGAAGGCGAGUCACGUGACACCGAGGAUGAGGCCGAUCGUGCUUUGAUUAUAAACGGAAAAAUCUUAGGCUCGCCUAGCACUAAUGCCUUUCAUGCAUACGAGCAUACGAAGAACGACAGACUGUACAAUUACGCAAAUAUCGGUGUUCCUUAUGGAAGCGAGAAGGAGGAGUAUGUUUAUACCAUUCCCAAACCCUAUUCUACGAAUGACAUUGAUCGGCUCAAUGAAAAGAUGGAAAAUCCAGAGGAUUUGUAUACUGCUAUUAAUAAGUCGAGCUUUCCGAAGAAAACGAAAUUGCCAGGACAUGUUGCCGAGGAAUGGAAGGAAAUUGAAAUUCAGAAGACAUUGAAUAAGGUGAAAACGUCAAAUUUACCGAAUUACGAUCCCAUUCGACAGAAUGAAAAUCAUGAUUCUUCGAAUAAGCCGUGCAACUUGGAUGUUAAAGUGGACAGUAAAACGACGUAUUCAACCCUUACAGAAAAGGACACUAAUCCUGCCGAUGCUUUGGAAACGGAAUCGAUACAUUCGGCAUCGGCAAAAUCAACUGAAUCUCCGAUACCCGAAGCUUAUGUACUUAACAUUCGAACAUGCGAAGAGACCUUCCGAAUACCGGAUGAGACAAUGUCGACGUCACUGAUGGCAAGGCUGGAUGAGCUGUCGUUCGACGAAGAGCGAAUGUUGCGAACGAUCAAGUUGGAAAGAGGACAAGGAGGUAGUAUAGGCUUGCAAGUGACAGAAGGUAACGACGGUGGCGUUUAUGUUCAGGCAGUAUCAGUCGGGGGCUCCGCCGAUAUGGCUGGCAACGUAAACAAAGGUGACAGGAUUGUAGCUAUCAAUGGGCAAAGUUUACUUAACUUUCGAUACGAAGAUGCCUUAAAAAUGCUACAAAGUUCAUCGGAAACAGUUGAACUUGUAUUAUCACAAAUAGUGCUAAUAAAUAAUUGUGACAAUCGAGUCGAAGAGGCUAGCGAGAAUAGCUACUUGCAAAAUAUAAGAUUUAAUGUAUCUUCGGAGACAGAGACCGGAGUUAUGUCCUCCAAAUGGCUUCAAAAAACUAUUGAUGUUGUAUCCGUACAAAAUACAUCUAGUGCUUAUAGCAGUGCAGCGUCUAGUGCCAUGGGAAACCAUAAUGCUAACAAUUUAUAUGUACCCAAUAUCGAUGAAACUAAUGCAAUUAAUUCAGCCAGUAUGCUAUUGAGUUUAGAAGACUUCGAUAUUAGUAAUUCGAGUACUCAACAAGUUUUUAUAUAAUAACAUGGGUCUUCGUUACCACCGCCCGUACCGCCACGACGUAGGAAAUGCACGCUUGAACCAAAACCAAAAUGGUCAUCUGUCACAGAUCCUAAUGCGUUAAAGCCUGAACGCAGUUAUCGUACAAUUACUUCACCUCCUCAACCAGCUGUGCCUCAACGAGUCAGAACUAAAAAAAAAGCAUCGCCAUCAUUUGCAAAUAAUUAUUGUUUGCCUACAAUUAAAACUACAAACAAUAAUAGUCUUGAAUGUGAUUUUAGCAAUCGUGCUGCAAUAUCAAAGGAGAUUCUUUCGCAAAAGAGUGAAAAUUUUCAGAUACAAAAUUUUAAAGCAAAU